CGAGAUGUAGUUUCGAAGAAGAAAACACACGUCAGUACGCAUUAAUAAAGUAAUGCAUGUCUUUAAGUGUUGCAAGCUAACUAAAUAAAAUUAAGUUCGACACUUUUUAAACGAGGUAAAAUGCCUCGUUACGCGCAACUCGUAAUGGGCCCGGCGGGUAGCGGUAAGAGUACCUACUGCUCCACCAUGGUCCAACAUGCAGAAACGAUAAACCGCUCAGUCCAGGUGGUCAAUUUGGACCCAGCAGCUGAACAUUUUAACUAUCCUGUGAUGGCAGACAUCCGUGAGCUCAUCCAAGUUGAUGAUGUGAUGGAGGAUGACUCUCUAAGGUUUGGCCCUAACGGGGGUCUGGUCUUCUGCAUGGAGUACUUUGCCAACAACUUUGACUGGCUGGAAGAAAGCCUGGGACAUGUGGAAGAUGACUACAUAUUAUUCGACUGUCCAGGUCAGAUUGAACUUUACACACACCUCCCUGUCAUGAGGCAGCUCGUGGAGCAGCUCCAGCAGUGGGAGUUUCGGGUUUGCGGGGUCUUUUUAGUAGACUCACAGUUCAUGGUGGAGUCUUUUAAGUUUAUUUCUGGAGUCAUGGCUGCCCUGAGCGCCAUGGUUUCAUUAGAAAUUCCUCAAGUAAACAUCAUGACGAAAAUGGACAUGCUCAGUCCCAAAGCAAAGAAAGAAAUUGAAAAGUACCUGGACCCAGACAUGUACUCAAUGAUGGAAGAUAAUUCAGAGAGUUUCAGAAGCGCACAGUUCAAGAAGCUUACCAAAGCCAUUUGUGGUUUGAUAGAUGACUACAGUAUGGUAAGAUUCCUGCCGUUUGAUCGCACAGAUGAUGAAGGUAUUAACAUAGUUCUACAGCACAUCGACUUCUCCAUACAGUAUGGGGAGGACCUGGAGUUCAAGGAGCCUAAGGAUGUUGAGGAAGAGCCAGCAAACUUAAAUUAUGAUGAGAUAUUUCAAGAUACAGCCGCCAGCUGAGGAGUAAUGGGAUUGUGGAGUAGCAGGGAAAACAUCAUGAGCAUGCCAAGGCUUUGGAAGACGUUCAACUGGAGAUCUGCAUUUCUCUGCAUGGCUGCUGAUGAAACAAAAUGUGUGACCUGUGCUGGCAAAAUGAGGAAUUUUCCCAAUAUUUAUUUUCAAAAUAUCCAUCUCAAAAGCUUCAAAAUGAUAUGUAUUUUGUUAAAACUUUGAGAUUUAUCACCUGGUCUGACAACAAGCUAAUUUUGUUUACGAGCGUGCCGGUUUGAAAACUUGAUUAUAUUUUACUGAUAUCAUUGGAAAUUCCAACACUGUAUUUAAAAAGUAAAAUGCUUAAGCUUCAUAAUAAUGCCAAACAUUAUACAAAUGGUCUAACAAAGUUAAGUCAGGUCCUCUGGAUAGAUUAAAAAAUAUAUAUUUAAAGCAUGCAUGAUGUACAAAA